AUGCUAGCGAUUUUCGCUACCUUAGCCUUAAGGGCCCAAUCGCAACUUAAGGAGGAGUAUUCUCCAAAGGAAUAUUACUACGAUUCAAAUGGCAAGACAGAUUAUUACUACUACGAAGAAUCAAAUGCACCAGAAUACAUUCUUGUAGACUACGAUGCUGAAGAAAAUGGAAACAACGAAUACAUUUACGAAGAACAAGAUUACGAUUCAAACGAAUACGAGUACGUUUAUGAAGAACAAGCUGAAGAAAAUUCAUAUGAAUAUGUUGAAGCAGAUUAUCACGCAGUUGAGGAGAACGGCUAUGAUUAUGUUGAUGUUGAUUAUCAUCAGGGUGAGGAGAACGGUUACGAAUACAUCGAAGUUGACUACAACUCCUUAGAAGAAUAUGAAUACGCUGAUCCAGAGGACAACUCCGAAGUUGAGUACGAAUACUACAACAAUGGCGAUGAACAGCCAAUUGUUUACUACGAGUGCGUUGAAUCCAAUGGUGAAGUCGAAUACUUCGAUGAAGAGGAGAACGGUGAAAUCGAAUACUUCGAUGAGGAAGAGGAGAACGGCGCAAUCGAGUAUUUCGAGGAAUACGACCCAGCUGAAGAUCCAAUCUUCGAAGACGGCCUCACAAGAAACGUUGUCAAUGCUCACGUCCAAGUAGUUUCAGAGGACCCAAUCUACGAAUACACAGACAACGGAGUCCAACGCGUUCAUGAAGAAUCAAAUGAACAAGGUGAAGUUGUUUACGCCGUUAUGGAAGCUGAUGAAGAAGAGACAAACGGACUUCCACGCCAUGUUGUUUCAGCUCAAGUUGCUGAAGAAUCAAACGAGCAACAGGGUGAAGUUGUUUACGCAGUUAUGGAAGCUGACCAAGAAGAAGAGACAAACGGCCAAGGCGAAGUUGUUUACGCAUUCAUGCAAGCUGAUGGUGAGGAAACAAACCAAGUCGUUGUUGCCCAAGAAGCAGAGGAAAACAGCCUUCCACGCAGAGUUAUCUCCGCUCAAGUUGAACCAGAAUCCAACGAACAGGGCGAAGUCGUUUACGCUGUAAUGCAAGCCGACGAAGAAGAGGCCAACAGCCUUCCACGCCAUGUUGUUUCUGCAAACGUUGAGCAGGAAGAAAACGGUCGCGUUGAAUACGCUUAUAUGGCUGCAUAA